UCUGUCUCUGUCUGUCUCUCUCUCUGUGUGUGUGUGUUGUGGGCCGGGUCAUGAGACUCCAGGGGUGGGUCUCCCUCGGUAACCUUGCAGCUGGAUUCCUCUCCUCAGCAUCCCGGAGGCGCGGCAGCUACAAACACGUGUGUCCGCUCAGUCAGUUUGUCGCUAACAACAUGGCAGAGGAGGCGAAGAAGCUAGCCGCGUACGCCGCCGUGGACAACCACGUCCAGAACAACCAGGUGGUUGGAGUGGGCAGCGGGUCAACCAUUGUCUAUGCUGUGGACAGAUUAGCGGAGAGAGUUCGUCAGGAGAAGCUCAACAUCGUGUGCGUGCCCACCUCCUUCCAGGCUCGUCAGCUGAUUCUGCAGCACGGCCUCACACUGUCGGAUCUGGACAGGCACCCAGAGCUGGACGUGGCGAUCGACGGAGCAGACGAAGUGGACGCAGACCUGACGUUGAUCAAAGGCGGAGGCGGCUGCCUGACUCAGGAGAAGAUUGUAGCCGGCUGUGCUAAACAUUUCGUCGUCAUUGCCGACUUCAGGAAAGACUCCAAGGCUCUGGGCCAGCAGUGGAAGAAGGGAGUUCCUAUUGAAGUGAUCCCCAUGGCGUACGUUCCUGUCUCCAGGACGAUAGCCAAACGCUUUGGAGGGGAGGCCAAAUUACGGAUGGCUGUCAGUAAAGCAGGUCCUGUGGUCACCGACAACAGUAACUUCAUCCUGGACUGGAAGUUUGAGCAAGCUCAGAACUGGAAGGAGGUGAACACUGCGAUCAAGAUGAUUCCAGGUGUGGUGGAGACGGGGCUCUUCGUCGGCAUGGCUGAGCGGGCCUACUUUGGGAUGGAGGAUGGAAGCGUGCAGGUUCGGGAUCCUCCAGUUAACUGAGGAGUUUGCCACAUUCAGCGUCGUCACCCUCCCCUCGAAUGACCUCAACUCUCUCCCGCAAGUGCCGCCUUCGUGAUUUACGCCCCGGUCUCAGACUGGGUUUGGACAGAGCUGCGCCUCCGGCAGAUCUGGACAAAACUGUAGCAGGGAAGUUUUCACACAUCUCAAAACCAGAUACACAUCCAGGAUCACUUGAUUUUUCUCAUCCUGCAGGUGGUGCUUCCGAUUCUGUGAGUUUUUAAAGUGCCUGAUGAGUAAAAUCAAGUCCAUCUGACACACAGUUUGUUUGUUUUUUCAUUCUAUAUCGUUGCUCGGUUUGGCCGCCUGGUCACACUGGGAAUGUUGGCUCUUCCUGUAAUUACUGGGUUUGACUGAAUGUCUGCAGUGCUACGGUUCUCAACCCGUGUGGUGAGUCGCUGCUGUUCUGCAGGAUGAAACUAAGGUGUGCCUUGUGAUUAUAUUUUAAGUCCUAAUAAAAGAAACAACGCUAUUUAAAGCUACGUUUGAAAAGCUCAUAAUCCUACAUCAAACUAUUAUCAUCUGCUGCAAAUAAAAGUCCACCAGUCAAGUGAAAGCUCACGGCAUUGUAAGCAGUAAAGAAAAAAAGAAAAGCUGAUAUGCCCUGAAGUCUUUUAGUUUAAUUGAACCACAGAAGGAGGAGUAAUGACAACAACUUAAAGAAGUUAAACUUUUUUUCAAGAAAUUAAUUUGUCUAAUUAAUAUGCUACUUUAAAUAGCAAGAAGCUCCAAAAAUUAAUGAGAUCAUUGACAGUUUAGAGGAACCCUGUGGUGCAGGUUUGAAGCUUCCAUUAUUUGGUCAUUGUGUUUAAUAUAAUUGACAUUGUUUGGCCUGUAAUAAAUACAACAUGUGUUUCACUGGUAUGGAAGCAGAGACAUGUCAACACAGGGUUUGAAUAAAAUAAAAAAUAAAGUUGUGCUGUCACUCAUCUCAUUUAAAGUGAUUUUGCUUUUGUUUUUUGUUUUUUUUCUACCAUCUCAGCCAAUCAGCUACAUUCACCGACAUGUCUGUCAAUCUGCAAACAACUCCGUUCUGUCACAUGGUUCCUUCACUGUGAGCAGAACCAGCUGGACAGUUAUAGCUAUAGGUUAAAUGUGGUGGGUCCGCUGCUCAGCGGGGUUCAUAGUCAUGAUGUAGCAGUUGAAAUGUAACUCUCCCUGGUGUUUGAAGUUUAGCGUAUAAUUGCCACUGUUGCCAUGGAGCAGUGAUCUGCUUUCUUCUCUGAGUAAAGACAGAGUUUGAGAAAUCUUUGUGGUUUCCUCUCAGUUUCAACAGGGGAUCCUGUAGCUACACUAGUCACGUCAGUAGGAUUAAAGUCCACAGCCUCACUGAAUGUGUGUUCUUUUCUGCAUGUACCUCCCUCUACUGUGUUUGCUCUGUUUUUGUGCCUGUAUAUCAGUUGCAUGACCGUCUCUUAUUCCUUACACGAGGGGUCCGGUCACAGGAAGUCUUGUGUCAUAAACUUAAAUCCUAAAUGAAUGUUUUAAAGUAAUGACGAUCGGCAGUUAUGCUUUAAAAGUUUCACAUUUAAUGAACUGUGCUGUUCAAAUAUGAACUAAAACGACCCUAAGUACAUUUUAUGUGCCUUGGCACGCCAGAGCGAUAGAACGUUGUCCUUAUUUCAGAUGUAGUAAAAUUCACUGGAUGUGUUGCUGGUCAUGUUGGAAACAUUAAAGUUUCACUAAUAGCUGCAAUAUUUAGUUUUCGGAAAGCGGUUCAAUAUAUAAUUGUGUCAGAAAUGCCGUAGUUGGGGACAAAAGAUGAGUCUCUGAAUUUGUCUUCGGCUCUUACAAAGAAACAGGAUAUUUCCUGUCUGGCUCAGUCGUUCUCUCUCACCUUAUCUUUACUGAAUUUUAUGUCUAGUUCUGGAUCUUUACAAUAACAAAUCUUUAUAAAACUGUACAGUGCAGCUUUGAAGAUGCAGAAAGUUUGAGUGAAAUAAUGUCUCAAGUCCACAGCACGGUGCUCAGUUUAAUUAUCUUAAAAUACUUGGGAGUUUAUUUACAGAACAGAACAACACCCGUCCUCUCAAAAAGUAAUGAGAAGCGCAGCGUUCCUUUUCUGAAAAAAGUCCAGUUGUGUUUCUUUACUUUCGCUGUUCAGAGAAACCAUCAUUUGUUUGGGGUUAGUGAUAGUUUGUCAUUUUGUUUUUCCCCGGGUGACUAAUAUCUUUCUAAUUGAAAUGCAGCUCUUCACUCAGCUUUUUGGCGCACCAUGCCUUACACUCUGGUUUUAUUUUUGUACCUCUUUAUGUUUUUGUAUGUACAGCUCUGAGAGACUCAGGAGAACAUCGAGGCUGGGAGAUUUAAUACAAGCAAGCAAAUGCAGUUGGCUGGCACAUUUUUUUCUAAAAGCCAUGGUUAUUUGAUACGAGCAAUCUGACUCUAUUCUGGUCUAAUGUUACCCUCAUAAACCAAAUGGAAGUGACUGAAUUUUGGAAUGUGUAACCCCCCGAGGGGCCUGUAGACAAAGUAAAAGUUAACUGAACUGAGAACAUGUGGCCCAGUUUUGGUAAAAUACAGUGUGUGCACCAUGUUGGAUAUUUUUGCACCAGCAUUUCUUUUCUUUUCUUUCUUUACCAAUUGACUGUGAUAAUGAAUUUUGCUGUGAUGGUACUAUUUUCUUUGUGAAUCAAUACAGGACCAAAAUUAUA